AUGACCACGACGCCGACGUUCUCUUCGCGCCGCGCCGCCGCGUUCGCGGCGGCGGCGUGCCUCGCGCUCCUCGCCGCGAGCGCGCGCGUCGUCGCCGCGGACGGAACCGCGACGACGACCGCGCCGCCGCCGGCGGACGCGUCGUCGUCGACGCCCCCCUCGUUCUUCUCGCGCGUCGCGCGCUUCCUCCCGCGCGUCGCGCGCGCCCCGGACGCGCGCGACGCCGCGGACGCGGAGGAGGCCGCGGAGAUCGCGCGCCUCGCGAACCGCGCGGACCAGAUUCCACAACGUCCGCCGCACAACGUCACGGUCGAGUACCGCUCGCGACGCGAACUCGGCGAGCUGGACGGCUGGCUCGACGCGCGCGCGACCUGGUGCGCGGCGCAGACAGACUCGUCCACCACACGUCGUUCCCGUCGCGUCGCCGCCGCCGUCGCUCACGACAUCCCUCCUUCCAUCCAUCCCUACAGGUACGGCGGUCCCGGAGGCGCCGGCCCCGACGGGAUGUCCAUCUACACCGGCAGCUGCGGGUUCGGCCAGGUGACGAACCACUUCGUCACCGCGUGGCACACCGACGGCGGCUACGACUGGGGCCUCACGGAAAAAUGCGGGCAGUGCUACGAGGUGAUGUGCGUGGACGGGAGGACGCGGGGGCACGACUGGAGCGAUCUGGGGCCGUGGGCUGGGUGCCAGGAGGCCGGGAAGAAGUCCGUGACCGUGAUGAUCUCGGACUCGUGCCCGUGCCACCACCCGAACCAAGGGAACAAGCGGUGGUGCUGCGGCGACGCCACGCACUUGGACUUGUCCUACGCCGCGUUCGAUCAGAUCGCGGAGCGGCACCGCGGCGUCGUGGACCUGAAAGUGCGCCCGGGGGAUUGCAGCAAGCAAGGAAGCGUGAUGCACUACGAGUGA